AGACACUCAGUCAGGAUUUUUAAGAUGUGUGGCAACUAACACAGGAGGAAGUGCUGAAAAUAUGAUGCGAUUCUUUGCUAGUGGUAUGGAUUCUGUCAGAAUCACAACAGCAACAAAAGAGUAUGAUGAAGAUGAUACUUUAAGUAUGAGAUGUGUUAGGAUUUGCAAAGGUAAAAUGACAGGUUGGUACAAAGAUGGUAGACAGCUGUUGGCAGCUACUGAUCCAAGAAUCAAUGUAACAUUUGGGACUGAGAGUGACUUGACAUGGACAGAUCUAGUGGUGGAAAAACUUACUGUCAAUGAUUCUGGAGUGUACAUUUGUGCAGCUACUGACUGUCAAAGUAAACCUUUGAAUGUGUCGAAGGAUAUCAAAGUCAACAAGGUUUUUCCACCAAGUAUACUCAACUUUGAAAAUCAGACAGCUUAUCAUCAAAUUAGCACUGAAUUAUUUUGUAAUGUUUCUGCUCAUCCGAUGCCAAGUCAGGUACAGUGGUUUAGAGGCAGUCAGCCCCUUAGAAAUCAAAUUGAAGUCAUGGACAGACUAUUACCCUCGGCCUGUAAAACUCGUUCUCCUGGUUUCUAUCGAGUAAAUGGUGUUGUUGGGAAACUCAUCAUUUGUAAGCCUGCACACACUCUUCAUACAGGGUUCUACACUUGUAAAGCGGCAAAUAGGAAAGGGGAAAGUAACGCUACUGCCUUUCUUAAUGUACUGGAGAACCCUGUGAUUAUACGUCCAGCCAAUGGAAGUCGUUCGGUUGAACUAGGGGAGCCAUGGAAUAGUACGUGCGUAGUCACUGGCAACCCUGUGCCAAAAGUAGAAUGGAAAAGAAUGGAUGGAAAUGGAAAUUUAGUAUUCACUCAAAAACAGUACAACAACGAGGAGGUGGUGUUAUUGUUGGAGUCUGUCAGUAAACAGGAUCUCGGAAUGUACUUGUGUGUAGCCGUUAAUUCAAAAGGAAUUGCAGUUGCAUUCGUCGAAUUGGCAGAGGCAGACAACCCCCAACCGAGCACAGCUCCAGAAGGAUCAAGCAGAGAGAUGCUCAUCGCUCUCAGUGUUGUUGGAGUGCUUCUCUUUGUCCUUUUUAUUGUCAUCUUAGUCUGUUGUGUAUUUUUUCGCCGCCAGCGUCAGAAGAUUAAAGAAUAUCACAGUCAGUUUUUCCCUGUGACUUUUGAACCUGCUAUGAUUGAUCCCGCCCGUACUCUUCAGGAUCAGUGUGAGAAUCUUUCAUACGAUCCAGAUUGGGAGUUUCCGGAGGAAAGGCUCACUCUCGGGAAGGUGCUGGGAUCAGGGGCCUUCGGUGAGGUCAUUAAAGCAGAGGCCAUUGGAAUUGCGGACUUUCAUCCCCGCGACAAAAGUUCAGAGAAAGUAAAACGUCGGUCCAAAAUACUACGUCGCAUUAGUAGCAGCAGGGUGUAUCAGGAUUCUAGCGGAAUUCCUUACGUGAAGACAACUGUUGCAGUCAAGACGCUGAAGAGUAACGCCAAGAAAGAGGACUUCGCUGACCUCGCCUCUGAGCUGAAGAUUCUUAUACAUGUCGGAGAGCACAUGAAUAUUGUUAACCUAUUAGGGGCUUGUACAAAAGGCGAUCGCUUGUUCAUCAUCAUGGAAUAUGCACCACAUGGAAACUUGUUAAUGUUCUUACGAAACAAGCGAGAAAUUUACGAGCCCACCUGGAUAACUACAACGAAUAACCCAGAAAAUGAACUAACGAUCAAGAAUUUGGUAGUUUUUGCUUACCAGAUAGCACGUGGAAUGGAAUUUUUAACUUCAAAACAGUGUAUUCACAGAGACUUAGCAGCAAGGAAUGUUCUCGUCGGAGAAGAUUACGUCAUGAAAGUCGCUGACUUUGGUUUAGCUCGAAAUAUUUACAAAAGCGAUAUGUACGUGAAACAAACUCAAGGAGUUCUGCCCAUCAAGUGGAUGGCGAUAGAAUCAUUGUUCGACAGAGUUUACACUGAAAAAAGUGAUGUAUGGUCAUUUGGUAUUUGCCUGUGGGAGAUCUUCACGCUCGGAGGAACACCUUACCCCACCCAAUCUGCGGAAGAAGUUAUGGACAUGCUCAGUGACGGUGAGCGGAUGGAGCAGCCGCACAACUGUCCUUUGGACAUGUACGUUAUUAUGAGGGACUGUUGGGAACAAAAUCCUGAUCAGCGGCCUACAUUCUUACAGCUCAGUGAACGAAUCGGAAGGAUACUAGAGUUACACACUUCAAAGCAAACUAACUCGGCAUACGUAAGUAUCACAGGAGACAACCGACCUGCCAAUGAUUAUUACGUCACACCCUAUAACACAGAAUCCAACUUUCCGCAAACAAGUUUAGCUGGCUUAAACAGACAAACGAGUGACGAUGUUAAGUCCAGUCCCUCUCUCCCGUUGUCUCGAGACAUGGAUACCGAGCAGGAACUGGAUCAAGACGAAAGAUAUAGAAUGGUGGAUCUAGGGGCCGAUGGAAGCCUGUCAGGGAACGAGAGCGGAAUAAGUUUGGAGGAGGGCAACGACGAAGCUUCUGCAGUAGCAGAAUUAAGGCCUCUUCGUGUUUCUGCUAUACCUACCUCAAAAGUAACCGCUAAAGCAAAACUUAAGUCAAAUUCUAAAGAAACUGAAAUAUAACAAGAAGCAAAGCUGUUCCAAAUUCAUAGGCGCUUGCCCAACCUCUAAACUACAGCAACCUUAUCGGUGGAUCUCCCCAUUUUAGGUGUAAAACAUGUUUCCGUAGUUAAGUGAAACGAAUGCGAUGUAUUUUUUACAUGGUAAACACCUUCCAGCUGAUAGGUUUGUUUCGUCGCAUCGCUUUACAGUGUUUUUCUCUCUAACGUAUUGUUAUUUUAAAGUGUAGUUACUUUUUUGAGUGUCAGGGUAUUUAGCAGCGAGAUUAAAUUUCGCCUUUUAACAGUGAGGAAUGCUUUUGGGAAUAUUUACAAAAUGCAUGGUAUGAUCUCGACACAAGAGGGAUGGAGGGAAAAUUUGCCAUCGCUUCAUCGCUUUUUAGGGUUCGGGUAGCCAUUGUAUUGGGUCUCUUGUUCAGAUUUUAGACCAAGAAGUAAUUUUCACCAUUCUGUAUAGUAAUCGUACAAGUUUAAUUUUUCUUAACGUUGAACAUAAAUACAUCAGAAGUACGCUUUUUAAA